CAUAAUCCGGAAGCAGCCGCUAACCCGGAAGUGGUCGAGUUCUGGAGGGGGUGGCGGCUGCGUGUGAGGCUUGGGAGGCUGCUGCGACGCUAGGAUGAACGCGCCUCCCGCCUUCGAGUCGUUCUUGCUCUUCGAGGGCGAGAAGAAGAUCACCAUUAACAAGGACACCAAGGUACCCAAUGCCUGUUUGUUCACCAUCAACAAGGAAGACCACACGCUAGGAAACAUCAUUAAAUCGCAGCUGCUGAAGGACCCGCAGGUGCUGUUCGCUGGCUACAAAGUCCCCCACCCCUUGGAACACAAGAUUAUCAUCCGUGUGCAGACCACACCGGACUACAGCCCCCAGGAGGCCUUCACCAAUGCCAUCACAGACCUCAUCAGCGAGCUCUCCCUGCUGGAAGAGCGAUUCCGGGUGGCCAUCAAAGACAAGCAAGAAGGAAUCGAGUAGUGGGCUGCACCCGGCCCUUCUCCAGGCACCAGGUGGACAAAAGCACUUCCUCCAGCCGUGGGCCUCCUUGUAGAAAGUCCCUCACCCCUGACACCGAUGUGUCCUGUACACAGAGUCUGUCUUACCUUCCUAAUAAAGUGUGGCAGGAAAAGA